CUGAGUUAUGUAUGUUGUUUGUUGUUUUAAAUUCAAUUCGCAAUUUGUGGUUUUUCUAAUAUAUUUCAAUUUUCUUUGAACGAGUCAAAAUUUAUGAUUGACCCAUAGGAAUAUAUAAAAAACCUUCAUAUUUAAUCAAAUGGCUACGCUUUUACAUUUAUUGUUACCAUUAUCAUUAUUUUCAUCUUUUUACUGUGAAAAGCAAUUCGGUCCAGAUCCUUGGGAUUAUGAACUUCCAAGACGAUCCAUGGACUCAUUGGAAGAAGCUGAUGUUCCACCUGAUUUAAAGAUAAUCCAAAGAAAAUCUUCAUCAGAAAACCAUGUUGGUAUUGGUGAUAUAUUUUUAAAGAGGUUACUAGGCCUGGUACUGCGUGGAGGUCAAGUACAGAAACAUGAAGAUGGUAGUAUUGAGGUUUUAUUACAAAUGAGAUUUGACUCUGAUAAAUGGAAUACAUUAGAUAAAUACUUAAAAUCAAACACCGCUAUGACAGAAUCUGUACUCAGAAGAACUAUGGGAUAUAUUGAGGACGCUAUUUAUAAACCAACUGUUGUUGAAAAGAUUGUGAUGGUGUGGAGUGAUUAUAUUCAAAUCUAUUUAAUUGAAUACAAGAUGUACAUUGUUUGGAUCCUUGGCUUGAUUGGAAUAAUUCUGGCUGUAAAUUGGCUUUGGAAACGGCUUUCUCAUAAACAUGUUAUAAUAUUCAUGUUUGCUGCACUAUAUAUUUAUGAAGUAGUCAUUUCUUACAAGGAAGCAGAGCAACAGGAACUGGCAAGGUUUUUGUCAGCACUCAACAAAUGUCAGUGGCAGUUUUGGAAGUCUAGUUGUGAGGUUCCACCUCCAGAUAUAAUUUUGUUUAUGAAACACAUGAACCCUUUGAAAAUUGCCAUCAGAAUGUUUACAACGAUUAUAUCAGAGCCCAUGAUAACACUUAGUUCUGCCAUCAAGAUAAUGAUAAGUGGCAUAACUGAUGGCCUGUGGUUUCCGUUCGACAAAAUUGUUUACGGAUUUUUAAUUCUAUCAUUUAAUUCUUUACUUAUUGUCCUUCUUGUAAUCAUAGUUUUUAAUUAUUUAUUCAACAUUCCAUUUAAUCUAAGUUUCUUAGGAUUAGGUAUAGGUGUAAAACAACGUCAAAGAAAAUUAUUUCCCGAAGCAAAUCAACAGCAAACAAACCAUAGUCAAUCUAUAGAAAGUGGUGACAGGAUUAGUGGGGCUACUUUACAUAGGCUACUGGAUGUAUUUUCAGACGCGCUAACUAAUGCUCGAAAUUCGCAGCCUACCGCAAAUGUGCAGUGCCCGCAGCCAAUCGAAGCGCCGAAAAUUCGUAGAUCCGCUAGUACUGGAAGGCUCUCUAGUGCAUCAUACGAAUUUAACAUGUCGCAACCACAAAUAGCAUUCAAACGAAAAACGCAAAGCCCUAAGGAUGGUAGUGGAGAUGCUUAUUAAAGCUAUAAUUACCUAUUAGUUUACGAAUAUCUUUUCAUGAAAUGAUGAUUCUAUUUUAAAUCGUGUAUCAUGGCAUGGCACCAUUUACAUCUAAGGACAAAAUCUACAAAAUCUUGCAUUUCCUCGUAAUUUGUGGUUGUGUUCAUGUAUACUCAAUACUAAGGACUAUAGUAAUACAAAGGACUCAGAUUUAAGCUUAGAGGAUACUCUAGUCUAUAAAUGUAUACCAGUGAAAAUUCCCAUUUAUUUUGGAAUAUGGUUUAUAGCUCGGAUAUCUCCGUUUGAAACUUGCUGUUGUCUCGUUCGUUGUUUUAUCCAGUAUAUUCAUUAAAUACAGUUAGCUGGGAUCCUAAUUCAUUUAUGCACCCAGGGUUGAUUCAAGAUCGUUGACAAGUCGACAUAUUCCUCGUCUUCCCUCUCUGUUUUUAUAUUAGGUAUACUGAAAAUAUAGAAAGAGAAGAGAUAAUAAGUUCGUCAGUGCCUUUAAUUACCUAGACAUACCACUGUAUGUAAGUACGUUACCUAUGCAUGAAAAUAGGUCAGGUAUACCUAACGUGACCAUUUUUUUUUUUGCGUCAGAGAGGGACGCUUUCAGAAUUUUGUACAUAAGUAAAUAAAAAAUAUACUAAAUACUUAAUAUAUAAGUUAAUUAUGAAUAAUUAUCUAUACUUAUAAUAAAACAGUAAAAAUAUUUUGUCUGUGCAUUUAGUAUUUUUGACUGACUGUUCUCGUCAGCGAGAUUUGAGUGCAAUGUUGAUAUAAAAUAAGUACCUAUAAAAAUUUAGUUUGUUUGCAAAAGCGGGACAUUUUUGCUCUCGCUGGGGACAGCGGGACAGGCAGCCUGAAAGCGGGACAAUCCCGCUGAAAGCGGGACGUAUGGUCACUUUAGGUAUACCGCGCUCUUUCUCGUGUUGCCCAACCCAGGAUUCAGAUAUUUUUAACUCACAAAAAUUAUUGCUGAAAACUUAGGAAGUUAGUUCAUUCAGGAAUAAUUUCUCUAAGAGAGUACCUAUAUUUUUUUAAGUACAAGAAACUAACUGUGAUAUUUUAGGAUUGCUGUGUAACGACCUCAGUUUUCCGCCAUAGGGCCUAACCUAUCCACCACGUAAAAACUGUUGGAUUUUUAUGAAUAUGAAGCAUGUUAUGCUCCAUUUAUUAGAUAAGUUUUUAAAGUUUAAGAAUGAUCAAUGGAAAAAAUAAAGAAGAUGAAAUUGAAAAAGGCAUUUUUCUUGUUAUUUAAGGCAUUUUACUUUUUAUUUUUAUUUGCGUGCCUAUUUCUAGUCAAGAAUUUUCAAACAAUCAAAAUAUUACACGCUUUUAUGGAAUCUUUUGUGAUUUAAAAUGAAAAUGGUGGAAAAUAAUUUUGUAGUAUGUAUACUAUUAUCCACCAUUUUCGGCAUAUCGGGCAUAUAUAUUCGGCCUGGGUCACAGUGGCGCCAUCAUAACUUUAGGUGUGUAUUAAUUUAGUUAUUGUAUUAAAUAAUUUGGAAAACAUAAUUAAUCCUAAAACCAAACUAAUAAUUAAUGUAAAUUAUACCACUGGGCACAAUGAAAACGUAUGAGUAGUAAACAGCAUCCAUAUCUUUUUUAUAAUUUUGUAUUGUAUUAAAAACCUUAGAACUAAUAACAAAAAUGUUCAAAAUAAAAAUUACCGAAUUUACUUUACUCUUUUUAUUUUCGUGAUGCCUUAGUAAGAAGUGUCACAAUUUCAAAAUAUAAAUAAGUUUGAUAAAGGUAGUUUUAAUUCAAUGUAAUAAAUAAGUGACUGAUAACAUACAGUUUACAUUUUAAAGAUGAUACUUAUUUCAUGUGAACUUAAGGUAGCAACGUACGGUUCAAAACUUACAUAAUACUUUCUACAUUGCUAAAAUUCUGUAUGAGUUUAGGCAUAGAAUGAAGACUAGGUCAUUCCGCGACACGAUAAGACAUUGUGAUACGACAUUCUGUGCCUAAACAUGCCUAUUGGUCAACAAACAUUUGCAACCUCAUAACCAACAUUAUUUAUAACAAAACAAUAUUUACAAUAAUAACAGUCAGUGUGCUUC